UUCCUUCCGGCCGCCAUUUUGUCGGCCGUGCCUCGCCGCGCCGCCGCUCGGGGAGGGAGCGCAGAGCGCGCGUCCGCCGCACCCGGACCGACUGACCGCCAGACAGACUGAGCGACCGCUAUCGCUAUCGCCAUGUCCAAGCGCCAUCGCCUCGAUCUGGGGGACGACUACAGCUCCAGCAAAAAACGCACCACCGACGGGAAAGAUCGGGACCGYGACAGGGACCGGGAUGACCGUUCAAAAGAUCGUGACAGGGAUCGUGACAGAGAUAGAGAUCGUGACAGAGAAAGGGACAAGGAAAAGGAUCUGCGACCUACAUCUAACUCUACCUAUUAUGGGGCUGCUGGGUUACCAGCUAUAAAACCAGCAAUGAUUCCACACAGUAUYAACCCUUUCACAAAUCUACCACAUACACCGCGAUAUUAUGAUAUCCUGAAAAAAAGGCUGCAGCUGCCUGUCUGGGAAUAUAAAGAAAGAUUUACGGAUAUUUUGAUUAGGCAUCAGUCAUUUGUGCUGGUUGGAGAGACUGGGUCUGGUAAAACAACGCAGAUCCCUCAAUGGUGUGUUGACUACAUGCGCUCAUUACCUGGCCCAAAGAGGGGAGUGGCUUGUACUCAGCCCCGGAGAGUGGCUGCCAUGAGCGUCGCACAGCGCGUUGCUGAUGAAAUGGAUGUUAUGCUGGGCCAGGAGGUUGGUUACUCCAUUCGGUUUGAAGAUUGCAGUAGUGCAAAAACCAUUUUGAAGUAUAUGACUGAUGGUAUGUUACUGCGUGAAGCAAUGAAUGAUCCUUUGCUGGAGCGUUAUGGUGUUAUAAUUCUUGAUGAGGCCCAUGAGAGAACACUGGCUACAGAUAUCUUGAUGGGUGUUUUGAAGGAAGUUGUAAGACAAMGAUCUGAUUUGAAGGUUAUAGUUAUGAGUGCUACUUUAGAUGCUGGCAAGUUUCAGAUCUAUUUUGAUAACUGUCCUCUUCUAACUAUCCCGGGUCGCACCCAUCCUGUGGAGAUAUUCUAUACUCCAGAGCCUGAAAGGGACUACCUUGAGGCUGCCAUUCGAACAGUGAUACAAAUUCACAUGUGUGAAGAAGAAGAAGGAGAUCUCUUACUCUUCCUUACGGGACAAGAGGAGAUUGAUGAAGCCUGCAAGAGGAUAAAACGUGAAAUUGAUGAUUUAGGUCCUGAAGUUGGUGACAUAAAAAUCAUUCCAUUGUAUUCCACCCUUCCUCCACAGCAACAGCAAAGGAUAUUUGAACCUCCCCCACCAAAAAAACAAAAUGGAGCAAUAGGAAGAAAGGUUGUUGUGUCCACUAACAUUGCUGAGACAUCAUUAACAAUAGAUGGUGUAGUGUUUGUGAUUGAUCCUGGCUUUGCAAAACAGAAGGUGUACAAUCCUCGUAUCAGAGUGGAGUCUCUGUUGGUGACUGCGAUCAGUAAAGCGUCUGCCCAGCARCGAGCUGGCCGUGCUGGUCGUACUCGGCCAGGCAAGUGCUUCAGGCUUUACACUGAGAAGGCUUACAAAACUGAAAUGCAGGACAACACAUACCCUGAAAUUUUGAGGUCUAACUUAGGAUCUGUAGUAUUACAGCUCAAGAAGCUUGGUAUAGAUGAUUUGGUGCACUUUGAUUUUAUGGAUCCUCCAGCUCCUGAAACACUGAUGAGAGCCUUAGAGCUUUUGAAUUAUCUGGCUGCUUUAAAUGAUGAUGGAGACUUGACUGAGUUGGGAUCCAUGAUGGCAGAGUUUCCACUGGAUCCACAGCUGGCUAAAAUGGUUAUUGCAAGCUGUGACUACAACUGUUCUAAUGAGGUCCUAUCUAUUACUGCCAUGUUGUCAGUCCCACAGUGUUUUGUUCGCCCCACGGAAGCAAAGAAAGCAGCAGAUGAAGCCAAGAUGAGGUUUGCCCACAUAGAUGGAGAUCAUUUGACGYUGCUGAAUGUCUACCAUGCUUUCAAGCAAAAUCAUGAGUCGGUUCAGUGGUGUUACGACAACUUCAUUAACUACAGGUCCCUGAUGUCUGCAGACAAUGUACGCCAACAGCUGUCACGAAUCAUGGAUAGAUUUAAUUUGCCUCGUAGAAGCACAGAUUUUACCAGUCGAGACUAUUACAUCAACAUAAGAAAGGCAUUAGUUACUGGGUAUUUCAUGCAGGUGGCACAUUUGGAGCGAACAGGUCAUUACUUAACAGUAAAAGAUAACCAGGUGGUGCAGUUGCAUCCCUCCACUGUUCUUGAUCACAAACCAGAAUGGGUGCUGUAUAAUGAGUUUGUCCUUACAACGAAGAAUUACAUCCGGACAUGUACAGACAUCAAGCCAGAAUGGCUGGUGAAAAUUGCCCCUCAGUAUUAUGACAUGAGCAAUUUUCCACAGUGUGAAGCAAAGAGACAGUUGGAUCGCAUCAUUGCCAAACUUCAGUCCAAGGAAUACUCACAGUACUGAAUUUAUGCUUUGAACUGAAGUUAUUCAGAGGACAGCUUUAAGAGAUGAAAGGAUUCAAAGUUCAAGUUGUGCUCUUCACUUUGGUUCAAUAAUGGCCUUUAUUUGAAAGCUUUUUAAUUUUUCUUUACAGUAAAUAUUCCAUUCUGAUUUCAUAAAUUAAACAUUUAUGCCUCCCUUUUGUGUUGACACUGUAGCUCAUACUGGAAAAGCUAAUCAAUGUUUUGCAGUUUAUUGAAAGUAGUUCUAUAUAUAACAAUGUUAUAAGCAUUUCUUUAGAAAUGGUUGAAAAUGCUUCUAAAAAUGUGAUUAUCGACCAUGGUAUGCAUGAUCGUUGUAAUUGUUGACAUUCCUUUUAGAAGUUGUGAAAUGUUACAACUUGUGCUUCUGUAGACACAAUCUUCGGCUUCAGUACAAGGGUACUGACUUCAAUAAAGUCUAUUUAUACUACUUUUGUGCCACAGUAUGUCAGUAUUUCUGUUGUUUUGAUCGAAGUACGAGAAGCCCAUUUAGUCUCCCAUUAAACUGCUGUUUGAUUGACAUAUCAGUAGUUUAAUAUUUUAAUAUUAAAAGUGCAGAUGUUUAAGCAGCACAGUGAUAAUACAAUAUGAUGCAUACAAUGUUGAUCCCUUGCAAACUUGUUAAAAUUAUUUACAAAAAAUCAAAAUGCAUGCAGAUAUGUUAGGAGAAUGCUUUCUUCCAACAUAUCCCUAAAUAUUUCUCAGACAGAACUGUAGUAGCGUGUCCUGUAAAGUGGAGUGUCUGUGGCCAGGUAGAAAUGGCCUUCCUGCUGGGCAAUAUUCAGGUACUGUUUAGGAUCAACACAAAUGAUAGCAUAAACAACACUGUAGGUCAAAUCACACCGCACCACUGUAAUUUUGUAAUGAUUUUUUGUGAAAUACGAUUUGACAGUGUAAUCCCAUGAGGCAUUUGUAGUAAAAUUUGAUCAGAGGGUUGGAGCACCUCACUUAAGAGGGCAGGCUGAGAAUGUUGUUCAGCCUGGAGAAAAGAAGGGGGAGACCUUAAUGUGGCCUUUGAAUUCCUCCAGAGGUUUUAGAAGAACGAGUGAGGGUUUUUAUCAGGGCUUGUGGUAAAAACUUAUACCAGUGACAGGACAUUGGUUUUACUCUGGCAGARGGUAGAUURAGAUUGGACAUAAGGAAGAAAUUUGUCUCUGUGCAGGUGGUGAGGGACUGGAACAGAAUUUUCUGGGGAAGUUGUGGGUGCCCAAUCCCCGGAGUGUUYGAGGUCAGGUGGGAUGGGGCUUUGAGCAGCCUUGUCUACUGGAAGGUGUCCUUGCCUUAGCAGGAGGGUUARAGCUGGAUGAUCUCUAGGGUCUGGUUGAACUCAAGCCAUUCUGUGGUUUAAUGUAUCUGAUCAGAUUUCAGUUUUUCCCUCCCCCUGGAAUACACUGAACUUUGGUCCUUCUGGCAAAGAGAAGCUGGAUCAGCUCUUGCUGAAAUUGGUUCCCUCAGGAGAGCUGUGCCACUGUCAUGCUGUAAGGCUGAAGCAAAAAUAGGUUACCUUUGUGGAGCUGGUAACCAACCUCAGACUAAUUUUAAGCACUGAUGUUUGGGGUAUCCUGUCCUAUUUAAAUCAUAGCAGUGGGCUAUAAAAUUACUUGGAAUAAUUAGAGGAUUUUCUUCCAGUUCAAACAUGUUUUUUUAAUUGCUGUUUAUAAGAUGGGAGUAGAGAAGUUUAGAAACUUUUUGUUAGCAACUAAAACAAUAAUAGUGAAAAUAAAAAUGUAAGAAGACUAAAAUUKGAGUGGAUUUAUAAUAUGCAGUGGGACUUUGGAGUCUGUCUUGGGUUUGCUAAGUGAGAGAGAAAGUGAGAUGAGUCUGGACUCUCCUGCCCUACAAAAUCAUUUUCAGAAAGAAAAAAGGGAGGUGCUUCACUCUGCAUAAAAUGUUGAACUGGAUUGGAGUUUUCUGAUUGCAGUUACAAGAUGUUUUAUUUAAAACAGAUUCCGAACUUAAACAACUGGAUUUUAAACUAGUAUUCCUCAAUAUGCAAAUGUUGGUUUUGCAAAUUCCUGCUCUGGGAUGACUGAGGCUGGCUAUGUGGGAUUUCCUGAUGACUUUCUUGCCAACUCUAUGUGGGGGGCAUAGGGGGCUGCUUUGYGCAAUGCUGAAAACUGGCUGCUCCCCAGGUAAGAAUUUCUCUUAGUAUUUGUGUGCAGCUGAAUGGUGUAGAACCACCUUCUGCAUGACUUUCCCUAGGUCUGGCAAGGGCCACGGACAGUUCUCUGCAUGAAACGCCUCAGGGACCCCAGAACCAGCUGGCAUCAGCUGCUGUAGCUUGGGUCCUUGGGGAUGGGGGAGCAGAUGGCUAUGGCUGUGAGUGGAACUUGACACAGGAGCGACUUUGGCUUGUUUUUGGUGUUUUUUUUUCCCUUGAAUUGUCAUAUCCACAAGCUCAGCUUGGGCUGUGACAGCUGACCUGGGAUCUUUCACUSUGCUCUGCCUUUGCUACCAGGAAUGUAAAUACUACUGGCCAAACUCAUAUUCUCUGACAGCUGUGCAACCCUGCCACCUUCCAAUUAAGCUGGUGACACCUGGACUUAAUUGCAAGGCUGGUGGUGUCCCAGCCGUCACUGGGGACAGAGCAGGCCCAGUGCCCCAACUCCACCUGUGAGCAACGGGAAACAGCUUUCCUGCUGAGAUGCUGAUGGAAUCUGGGGGUAGUGCUUUGGGAAGAUUUGGAAGCCUUGACACCUCGAGAACCUAUUGCAUUUUAUACUUGUGUGACACUUGUGUAUUCCUGAAAAACACUCCCYGUUCUUGAACUGACAAAGCACUGGCAAUACUUGGGUUUAGGACUAAAGCGUUAYAUACGCUGUGUAGGGAGCCAUUCCUUCGCUACGGAUCAGGUGGUGGAGAAUGGCCMCAGAGUUGGAGCAGCUUUGUGCAGAUGUGGUGCAGUCUGUCCUGUGCCCAGUGCUGAUCUCAAACAACUGAGGGCAUUUAAGGGUUAAGGGCAGAAAUAGACUCGCUUAAAUCACUGUGAAUACCUCAGUUACUGAGGGGAACCAGGUAUCUAAGGAGUCACUGUCUCUUUCUGAAGGAGUAAUGACGGAAAGCACAACUUCUUGAAGAAAGAUGUUUCCUGACUUCUAAAGGGAAACUCUUACCAGGAACUGCCUCCUUAGCUACUGCUGUCUCAGGGGUACACCAGAUGCAUGGAGAGGAGCUUGGGUUUGAACUCUGGGCUUUUUUAACUUGUGUUUUGAAAGAUACAACCUUGUUCCCAUUUUUCUGAUGGGAAAAUGUCAAAAAAGAUUGCCCAGAGAAACAAAAGGAGACCUAGAAGUAGAUACAGGAAGUAGACAAGUAGAUUAUCUAUGAGCGUAUGAAGAUUACUGCCUCCCUCUUAAAAGCUUUGAAAAUACAUCUCUGCCUAUCAUCAGAGCUCUGGCUGCUUAUGCUUACAUACAGAGAAUGCAGUAAAUAAGGGGGAAGGUUGGAAAUUAAGAGUUUGCUGGUGUCAAAAAUUCAGCCACUUCUGUUUUGUUCUGUGAGAAGCCACAACUGCAAGACUGGGGCUCUUUCUGCUGGCCUGUAGAGURAGGGUUCUCAAAGUACAGAGCUGCCCCCAGCAGCUGCAGCAUUUGCUGUUCUUCUGUGUUCCCUGCAUUACUGAUGCCACUUCAGAGUGUUCAGAUUGCUAGCCAGGGUGUAUGUGUGUUUUGGAGUACAGAACUGUUCCUUAGGAUUAGCUGGUUAUCUCCUUUGGAACAAUCUAAAAGGAAAAAUGAUGUAUUGUUUACUUACAAUGAUCUUUUUAUCAGAGACAUUCUGAUAUUUUUUGAAAAUAUGUGGUUUGUAUAUAAUAAAGUAUUUAUAGUGUGGGACUUUUGAAAAUACAGAAUGGAUUAGAYGAUAGGAAAACCAGUACUAAGUGAAAGGAGUAUAUUUUUUGAAAAGAGGAGAGUCUUCUGUCUUAAUUGUGCUGCUGUGUAAUACCUCAGAGCAGUAAAGGGCUAGUAUUAGUGUGAGGUAGUAAGUGUCUUUAGGUUUGUUAGACACAGGUUACAAAUGGCUAAGUACAUGUGGUUAGGUACUUAUCUUCAUUAUGGUGAGACAAAGAAGUGACUCCUUAAUAUUGUGUUCAAAUUUGUAGGGAUUUUAUAGCGCUUAGAAUUUCAGGGAAUAAAGGAUGACUCCAUGCUUCGCCAUGUUUUAAUGUCAUAAAAGCCCCUGAACUCUUGCUUUUGGGAGAUCUGUGCAUACUGCAAUGCAAGAGACAUGCUGAAGUUCCUUCAGGGUUUGUGGGAAUAUCUUCACACUCUGUACCUGUGCCCAUUCUUUGAAGUCAGAGAGCAGCUGGUUUGGGCCAGCCUGGGUUGGUACCUUCUGUAUCACUUUGGUCAGUUUUGUGUGAUCACCACUUCCCKUUUUGGAUCAGAACUUGUGACACAGCAUUGGUUUGUGACAUGUAACUUACGACCUGCACUGCUACACAGUGCAUAUUGGAAACCGCUCAUUUGCCACAAGUAAUGCAGCUCAAAGCAAAAAUGCUGAAAUUAGCUUUCAUCAUGUCAUUUGAAAAGAUACUGUAGCAAAAGUCAAAGUAUUUUCUUCCAUCCAGUCCAGCUACAAUUAUUAAUUUGUAAUCAGAUUGCUCUAGUUGUUUUCUAAUAAUGUAUAGCAAUAAAAAGCCAUACCACACCAUGACAGUAGAAAGCAGAGUUAUAUUCUAAAGUACAUAAAUUUAUUCACUUAYUGUAGUUUGUGAGUAGACAUCUGUCUUGGUUUCGGAACAGCUGAGGGUUUUAAUAAUAAACAUGUUUUACUAUUAGAAGUAUAAUCUUACUCUGGUAGUUUGUUGACCUAAAAUUAUGUAACUUCAUGACUGUGUAUGUGACAUUAGAUUUAUGUGAUGCAGGGGGAAAAAUUAUCUACUUGGUCAACCUAGUUUAUUUUUCUAGUAGUACUUCUGACACUAGUAGCUUUGUUUUGGAGUAUGUAUGCUUCCUGGAACUGUUCUAGAAUUGGGCAUUGGUUCCCAGUAUACCAAUGUCUCAUAUUUUUAAGCUUGAAACGAGCAGCUUUAAAACCAGAAUGAAACCGUUAUGAGAGCAUUUGCCCCUCUCCACUUUUCCUUUCACAAAUGACAAGCUUGGGCUGCCUCUUAAUUGGCACUGAUKCGUUUGAGAUAAGUGGUUGGCAUCAAGGAGAUCAAGCUUCCACUAUCAAGGGAUUAAACUAAAUAUGGUAACAGCAGUAAAAUAACAUUCCUGUAGCAGYGGUAACAAGACUAGUUCUGCUGAUUGUAGGUGUUCUGAUUUUGCAGUUUCAACUCAAAUAUAGUGGUUUCUCAGGAACACUGAAUGUAUGUUGGACAGAUGAUAAAAUAAUUUUCAUUUGUGUACAUCUCAGCUCUGAGUGGUUCUUCCAGCUGUGAAAGCUAUGCAGUAGUUUUGUUGUAUAGAAAAAUAAAACAGCACAAAUUAAUGUUGAUAAUAAAUAUUUCUUGUGGCU